AUGCCACCUCACAUGGAUUACUUCCACCACGAGUCCCGAGUCCCCUCCGCCUGCGGGCUGACCCGGGAGGACGGACUGGAGCCCGGCGCCAUCAGCUGCAUGCUGAUCGGGGACGGAGCCGUGGGCAAGACCAGCAUGAUCGUCAGCUACACCUCCAAUGGUUACCCCACAGAGUACAAGCAGACUGGGUUCGACGUCUUCUCCGGUCAGGUCCAAGUGGAAGGAUCACCGGUCAAAGUGCAGCUUCUUGACACUGCUGGACAGGAGGAGUUUGAUGAGUUCAGAGCUCUGUCCUACUCUCACGCCGACGUCUUCCUCCUGUGCUUCAGCAUGGUCAACCCCGACUCGUUUCACAACAUCACCAAGAAAUGGGUCUCGGUGAUCCGGGCUCACAACCCAUCUGCGCCCAUCAUCCUUGUCGGGACCCAGUCGGACCUUCUACUGGACGUGAACGUCCUCAUCAACCUGGACAGAUCUAACGUCAAGCCCGUCCUGAGCUCCAGGGCCAGAAGCAUGGCGGAGAAGAUCAGGGCCUCGGACUAUAUCGAGUGCUCGUCUCUCACGCAAAAGAACUUGAAGGAGGCCUUUGAUGCGGCCAUCUUUGCCGCCAUUAAGAACAAAAGUCGCAAGAGCAAGAAGAGGAGGUUUUCCGACAGGCGCACCAAAGCGUUCUCCAGUAGCAGCUGGAAGAAGUUCUUCUGCUUCGUCUGA